CGAUCGGAGUUCGCUCACCGUCACUCCAUCACCAUGCAUUCCAUAAUCAUUUCACCAUACACGCUAACUCCAUCGAGAUCAUCGACGAUCGUACCACUAACAUCUCUCAAAUCCAAAACAUCUUCAAGUUUUUGGAAUUGGAACAAGUCAUGUUCAGAUCACGCAUCUCUGGUAUGUAAAGCUUCAGGAUCUACAUCGUCUUCCAUCACCGAUUUCGAUCUGUAUGAUCUUCUCGGUGUCGAUAGUUCUUCCGAUCAUUUGACCAUCAAACAGGCGUACCGGACACUGCAAAAGAAGUGUCAUCCGGAUAUAGCUGGAGUGCCGGGACACGACAUGGCAAUCAUUCUCAAUGAAGCCUAUGCUGUGUUAUCUGAUCCUCUUUCACGUUUCUCUUAUGACAAGGAGCAAGCUAAAGUUGCAGAUUUCAAAGGGUAUACAGGGAAGCCUAUAUACUCAGUAUGGUAUGGAUCCGAGAGUGAGCAGAGAGCUAUUUUUGUUGAUGAAGUCAAAUGUGUUGGCUGCUUAAAAUGUGCCUUAUUUGCCGAAAAGACAUUUGCAAUUGAAUCUGUUUAUGGUAGAGCCCGGGUCAUCGCUCAGUGGGCCGACCCUGAAAACAAAAUUCAGGAGGCCAUAGGCGCAUGUCCUGUUGAUUGCAUCUCAAUGGUGGAGAGGUCGAAACUGGCAGCAUUAGAGUUCCUCAUGUCAAAGCAACCGCGUGGUAGUGUUAGAAUUGGUGCAGGCAAUACCGUGGGUACUCGUGUUUCAAAUAUCUUCGUUGAAGUGGAUAAAUUUCAGGAUAAAUUUCUAGAAGCCAUGGAGAAAGGAUCUUCUAAACGUUCCAAGGACCAGGACUUGGGUUGGGAAGCACGAAUAUCUGCCAUUCAAGCGAUCAGAUCAAUCACAAACUGGUUAUAUUGGCAACCACCAAUUCCAGGAAUGCCUGCAACUCAAACACGCAGAAAACUUUUACAAUUACCUCAAAAUUCCACACAAUCAAAGUCACCAAACAUCGACAAGCUCAGAGAUGCUGCCGCUGCUCGAAAACAAGCACAAAAGACUGCAAAACCGAAACCAAGUAAUUCAACCGAGUACUGGACUCCAUCUCCAUUCAUCCUCCCAGAGUCAACCAAUAACGAAUCUGACACUAAAGCUUCGCACACUCCGACCAGCAAGAAACCGAAGGGGGGCUCAUACAACAGGUUUGUGGUUUCAAAGAAGAUUCGAAGUAGUAAUCCUUAUGAAACGGGUGUUCCUGUCGGGAUGGCUAUCGUUGCAGCAGUCGUGGUACGGUUACAACUUGGAGAUGCUGCUGGUGGAAUUGAAACACAUAUCGGUGGUUCUUUGUUGCUGGAUGUCGUUAACAGCUCGUGGCUGCAAGUCAUUCUAGCAGGUGUUACUUGGUAUCUCGUUGGUAUGGCUGCAGUCGAACUCGUAGCAGCCCUUCGGAUAAAAUCACACGAAGAAUAAAGAAGCUGCAUGUAUAUUGUGAUAUAUACAAGUAUAUAUAGAUAUAGAUCAAGUUCUGUUAGUGUUAGGUUAUAAAAUCUUCAUCAAGUUAUCAAAUCAAUGUUUGAAAGUCGUACAUAAUCCAAUUGAUGUAUAUUUGAGUCUUUGAAUCUAAA